GUGUGUAAGGUGUUGAACACCACGAGCAUGAGCUGCUUGGCUCCGUCCCUCGUGGCAGAAUACAUUCCGGGUUUGGACACGGUGAAGCACGCGGACGAGUUCGGCUUCAUCUUCAACAACGUGCAGGCGCUGCUGGUCUACAACAACACCAACCUCCUCUACUACCCAAACCCGUACUUCGAGCCUCUCAGCAACUCUGGAGUCCUGGAGCAAAAACCAGGCUCCCCCAUCAUUCUCAAGGGCAGAAACCUGGUUCCCCCGGCAUCAGGAGGGGUGAAGCUUAACUACACGGUUCUGAUUGGAGAGACUCCCUGCUCGGUCACCGUGUCUGAGAGCCAGCUGCUGUGUGAGCCGCCCAACCUCACGGGGCAAUACAAAGUCAUGGUUCAAGUAGGUGGUCUCCACGUUUCUCCCGGUGCGGUCCACAUUAUGUCGGAUAGCCUGCUCACCCUCCCCGCCAUCGUCAGCAUCGCCGCCGGUGGAGGCCUCCUCCUCAUCAUCGUCAUCCUCGUCCUCAUCGCCUACAAGCGGAAAUCGCGUGAAAACGACCUCACCCUGAAGCGCCUGCAGAUGCAAAUGGACAACCUGGAGUCUCGGGUUGCCCUGGAGUGCAAAGAAGCUUUCGCCGAGUUACAGACGGACAUCAAUGAGCUGACCAGCGACCUGGACAGAGCCGGAAUCCCUCAUCUGGACUACAGGACGUACGCCAUGAGGGUCCUCUUCCCCGGCAUCGAGGAUCAUCCUGUCCUCAGAGAACUGGAGGUGUCAGGUAACGGCCAGCAGAAUGUGGAGAAGGCCUUGAAGCUGUUCGGCCAGCUCAUCAACAACAAAGUGUUCCUGCUCACCUUCAUUCGCACGCUGGAAAUGCAGCGUUCCUUUUCCAUGAGGGACCGCGGCAACGUGGCCUCACUCAUCAUGACGGCCCUGCAGGGGCGACUGGAGUACGCCACCGACGUCCUCAAGCACCUGCUGUCAGACCUCAUCGACCGCAACCUGGAGAGCAAGAACCACCCCAAACUGCUGCUGCGGAGAACAGAGUCGGUUGCAGAGAAGAUGCUUACAAACUGGUUUGCCUUCCUUCUUCACAAAUUCCUUAAGGAGUGUGCUGGGGAGCCACUGUUCAUGCUGUACUGCGCCAUCAAGCAGCAGAUGGAGAAAGGGCCCAUUGAUGCCAUCACCGGAGAGGCCCGCUACUCCCUGAGUGAAGACAAACUCAUCCGACAGCAGAUUGAGUACAAAACCCUGAUCCUCAACUGUGUGAACCCGGACAACGAGAACAGUCCGGAGAUUCCAGUGAAGGUGCUGAACUGUGACACCAUCACUCAAGUGAAGGAGAAGAUACUGGACGCCGUUUACAAGAAUAUGCCGUAUUCUCAGCGGCCACGUGCUGUCGACAUGGACCUCG